ACAUCAGAUUCAUUCCAUCAUCCUCCAUUCCCACAACUCCCAACAACACUUCCUCCCAAUCCUCAUUCCCACCAUGGCAAACACACCCCUUCUCCUCACCACCCUGUUCCUCCUCUCCGCCCUGUAUCUCACCACCGCAAACCCCACCAACUUCAUCAAAUCCUCCUGCAGCACCACCCAAUACCCAACUCUCUGCGUCGAAUCCCUCUCCGCCUACGCCACCACCAUCCAACAAGACCCACACCAGCUCGUCCAAACUGCACUCUCCCUCACCCUCAACAGAACCCAGUCCACCAAAGCCUUCGUCUCAAGAUGCAAAAACUUCAGGGGACUCAAACCCAAGGAGUACGCCGCCCUCCACGACUGCGCUGAGGAGAUCAGUGACAGCGUUGACAGGCUCAGCCGUUCGUUGAAGGAGCUCAAGAUGUGUACGAUCAAGGGUGAGGAUUUCACAUGGCAUAUCAGCAAUGUUGAGACAUGGGUUAGCUCUGCUUUGACUGAUGAGAGCACUUGCAGUGAUGGGUUUGCUGGGAAUGCCAUGAAUGGGAAGAUUAAAACUUCUAUUAGAGCUAGAAUGGUGAAUAUUGCUCAGGUUACUAGUAAUGCUCUUUCACUUGUUAAUCAGUAUGCUGCAAAUCACUAGGAAGAAGUUUAAGUGUUAAACUAGUGAGAGUUGAAUGUUUUUGCUUUGAGGUUGUUGAGGAACAUUUAAACUAGUUAAGUUAAAUGUGGUUGGUUCCUUUCCUUUUCUGUUUAUUGUGAUAUGUAAUUAAAUCUAUAUGAUAUAGAAUAUGGAUCUUUCAAGUGUGCAAUAGUGAUGUUUUUGAAAUGUGAAAGAGUUUUUUGUUUCCAA